AGAAAGCAUGACAGUGAGCUGCGGAGUUGAGACUUUAAAACAGGAAAAUGCUACGUUUAGGUGUUUAAAAAUGAUUCCGGACGCUUCUUGACAUUGGCAUUAACGUACUUUAACGUUACUUUGAAGUAGUGUUUGAAGAACGACACUUUCAUAUGGGACUUGUGGUAUAAUAAUGAUUUUCGGAGAUGCUGUGGUCAGUUUAUCGCGGAUUACGGAAAGCUGCUGUCAGUGCAUUUAAAUCGAGUAGAGGACCUCCACCGGUCCGACGCCUGUUGUGUACCUGUGACAAUGGGAACACAAACAGACUGGCCGAUGCAGACACCAUUUUCGCCCUUUCGUCGGGUCACGGCAGGUGUGGCGUUGCCGUGGUGAGGGUCAGUGGUCCGGCCUCUCUCUCAGCUCUCAGGACCAUGGCUGGACUUAAGCACAAACCUCCACUCCCACGGACUGCACUGUUACGCAGCAUCACAGACCCUAGAACCAAAGAGGUGCUGGACCGCGGGCUGGUACUGUGGUUUCCAGGCCCACACAGCUUCACUGGAGAGGACAGCGCAGAGUUCCACAUCCACGGUGGUCCGGCUGUGGUCUCUGCAGUUCUACAAGCUUUAGGAAGCGUGGCUGGCAUGCGGCCGGCUGAAGCUGGAGAGUUCACACGGAGAGCGUUCCAAGCGGGGAAGCUCGGGCUGACUGAGGUGGAGGGUCUGGGGGAUCUGAUCCAUGCAGAGACAGAGGCCCAGAGGAGGCAGGCGCUCAGGCAGAUGUCUGGAGACCUAGAGCGCCUUUAUCAGGACUGGAGCAGCAGACUCAAACGGAGCCUGGCACACGUUGAGGCAUUCAUUGACUUCAGUGAAGAUGAGCUGAUUGAGGAGGGGGUCAUGGACCAGGUGGACCGGUCCAUAUCUGAGCUCCGAUCUGAGGUAGAGCGCCACCUGCAGGACGAGCGCCGUGGGGAGAGGCUGAGGAGCGGCGUUCAUGUGGUCAUCGCUGGAUCCACCAACGCGGGAAAGAGCAGCCUCCUCAACACACUCUGCCAGAGACCGGCUGCUAUCGUGUCUCCGAUCGCGGGCACCACCAGGGACGUGGUGGAGACAGCUCUGGACAUUGGAGGGUUUCCUGUGGUUCUGAGUGACACAGCAGGACUCAGGGAGAGUGCCGACCUGGUGGAGAGAGAGGGGGUCCGCAGGGCGCGCCAGAGGGUGGAGCAGGCGGAUCUGACCCUGGUGGUGGUGGACUGUGCUCAGAUCCCAUUGAACCGGCCCACUAUCUCCUUCCUCCAGGACCACCUUAAGGACCUGCUGCCCUCCCAGGACCCCACUCACACAGAGCGGUGCAUCGUGGUGCUGAAUAAACUGGACCUCCUGACAGAGCAGAGGAGAGAGAGGCUUCACUCUGACCUGGGCUCAUGGACGGCCCCUCCCUCAGUCUGCUGUAUCUCAUGUCACACCCAAGAAGGACUGCAGAACUUCCUCUCAGAGCUACACCUCAGGGUCCAGCAGCUGUGUGGUGACCCCCUCUCUGGUGGCCCCUCCCUCACCCAGGCCCGGCACAGAUCUCACCUGCAGCAGUGUGUCUCUGCUCUGGGGCAGUUUCAGAGUUUCAGAGACUCAGACCUGGCUCUGGCCUCUGAGGGCGUCCGCCUCGCUCUCACCUGCAUUGGGCGCAUCACCGGGCGGGUCGGGCCUGAAGAAAUCCUCGACAUUAUCUUCAAAGAUUUUUGCAUUGGAAAAUGAACAGAAUCAGAGCCCAUAAUCUGAUUAUUCCUAUUUCUGGAGUUCAGAUUACUGAAAUGACAUCUCAACAGUUACAUCUGUGAAUAAUCUGCUUUACAUUUUAAGUAAUACUGAAGGAGGCCCUCCUCUAGGCUAAGUAAGUGCCUGUUUUGUGGAGAUGCAAGUCUACUCACAUUAAGGACACUGUGUUUUUCUUGGUUUUUAGUGCUAUAAACACAACUUCAACUUUUUUGGCAAAAAGCAUAGUAUGGCUUUAAAGAUUGACACUGUGCUUUGUUCUACCAAAUACUUCACUAAAAAUUCAUUGACUAACUGAUACGUGUCAGUAGUACAUUUUGAUGAUCAUAUUUCUCAUGUAAUUGUCUCAAAUGUUGCCCCAGGAGCACCAGGUGCAUUCUGCCAUUUCUUCACAUAUGAGACAAAACAGAAACUCUUCCUGCUCGGAGUCUUCACAUUGUUUCACUCCCUGGUCACAGACAUGUUUGUUUUGAGUUGUUUAACCAAAAUAGCAGCUCUGGACUGACAGGUGACUCACACACAAGCUGCUUGAAUACAGUGUAAAAAUAACUCAUGAAAAGUCGUUGGUUCUCAGAUGAGACUCUUGGGUCAGAUCAGAACUGCUGAAUUUAACAGUGGAAGGUCAAGUAAUUCUCCUCUCACAUUGUUUAGAAAAUGCAGUGUUUCUGCCAGCACUGCCUGUCCUCAAACAUUGGAGCUUUUAUUAAUACUCCUGAAAUCAUUAUAUAAAUGACUUUUUAAUGUGCUCUUUGUUUAUAAUGUGAUUAUACACAUUACAUAAUUCAUUUCAGAAACAAUGACUUCAUAAUAAUGGGUUUGUGUUUUAAUCAAAGGCAUAUUAACUUCUCAUAGGUGAGACACA